UAAAAGCGUCAAAUAUUUACUUUUAUUAUUUCAUCAACACUGACCGCUACCAAGGGGCUACAAAUUAAUUUCUGGUUUCACGUUGAAACGCAUGACUAUAUAAUCGUCUUACCUGUAAAUGCCGGGAACCAGACAAAAAAGCAUAUGGCAGGCUCAUCAGCCCAGCGUGAUCGGUUUGUAAACAAGUGGUACUAUAAAGCAGUGCUUGAUAGAUUUUUCUUGAUCAGUAUAGAUAGAAAACGCGUAGCCUGAUAAUGGUUGAUACUAUACUGCGGGCAUAGCAUAAUAUAAAAGUGGGUAAUGGUAGAGUGAUUAUGACUGUCUGUGAUUUUUUAUAGACAUCCACUAAUGGAUAUUGCUUUAGUGGUUGGAAUAUAACUUUUAGGUGAUUUGUAUUUGUGGAAUAUAUUCAAUAUACAGUGAAAGGAAGAUUUAACUACAGUCAGGAACGGACACUACAGUCACAGUGUGGUGAAACAUCUUGCGCAUCCGGCUUUUAAAGCUUUAUUUAGAUUCUAGUGAACAUUUAAAUGUAACUGGUGACGCACUCUACAUAUUUAGAGUCGGAAACAAUUUGAUAUUGUAGGGGAAAAAAUCUUAACACAUACAAAACAAUGAGGAUAACGCGGACGCUACAGGGUGCAGUUUUGUGUGCCAUCCUGUUUAUGGUGUACAGCGAAGAUAGUGAUCAAAAACAUUCAAAAAGACGGAGAUGUAGGUGUAAAAAGUACAUUGACAAAUUGAACAAGGAUAUAGACAAACGAUUCGAAGUGUUUGAAAACAUGUUUAAUCAAAUGUUUGUACACCAAAAUGAAAUAACCAACUCUACAAGUGAUGUUCAAAAUGACCAAAACGGUCAAAAACUCAGUAACUUAUCAGCAGAUAUGAAUACAUAUAAAGACAAAUUACAAAAAGAAUGUCAAAGUUUAAGAAAAUUACAACAAAAUAUGUAUUCGCAAGAGAAAAAUGUUGACAAUUUAAACCAAAAUUUCAAAUCGUUAGAUUCUGUGGUACGGAACCUAACUGCAAUUGUAGAAAAGUUGGAAAAGACAGUGCGGAACAGCAUAGAAAUGCGACCUCAGAACUGGCUACAGCAACACAACAAACACCACAAGAAACAGAAACACGAAAAACCACCCGAACCUGAAACAUAUCCAAAAGAUUGUGACGAAGUCUAUCAGAGCGGAAGUAUGAAAUACCUCGGUGACUAUUACAUCAUGGUUAAGCCAGAGAAAGCACAAGCCCCAUUCAAAUGUGUCUGCAAAGUUAUCGACGGAUCAGGUUGGACUGUGAUACAGCGGCGUGUAGACGGCCGGGAAAACUUUUCUCGGAACUGGACAGAUUAUAAAAAUGGAUUCGGAAAACUUCAGAACGAAUUCUGGCUUGGAAAUGAAAAAUUACAUCUACUUACUAGCCAAGAUGACUACGAAGUGAGAAUUGAUAUGGAAGAAUGGAGCGGGAAAAAGUACUAUGCCGAAUAUGACCGCUUCCGAGUUUCGAGUGAAGAAGACAACUAUCGUCUGCACGUGAGCGGCUACCACGGGAAUGCCGGUGAUUCGUUGACGCCAUAUUGGAGAUCCCAUGACGGAAUGCCAUUUAGCACACGUGACCGAGACAAUGACAACCGUUUCUAUGACAACUGCGCAGAGCAUUAUAGGGGAGGCUGGUGGUACAAUGAUUGUUUUGAAAGUCAUUUGAACGGCAAAUAUUACCAGAAUGGAUCGCACAAUAAUUACUUUGUCAGAAAUGGAAUACAAUGGAAUUCUAUCCAUUCUUAUUCUUCGUUAAAAUUCGUAGAAAUCAUGAUCAAGCCAUCAGAUAAUGUGAAACUUCCAAACGAAAUUAACUGAAAAAAUAUCGGGAAACUGAAAAUCAAAUUUCAAGUGAUAAGCAACAUCGUACCGUUUUCUGCAAACAUUAAAGUGCAAUACUUUUCUGAAGAAUAGUUAAUGUUACAUAUUAUCAAAUUGCAUAAAUGUAGUCCUACUCAAGCAGGAGAGCUGGAUUAAAAAUCAAUUUAGCAAAAUCUGUGUUGAUGUUCACAUUUAGAUAUAUUUGACAGAGAGCCAAGUAUUGUUUAUCUGUUAAACAGAACCUUGUGGCUAAAAGCAAACUUGUAUUUUCGAAGGUGAAAACAGUACACAUUCUGGUUAGAAGUCCGAACUAAGUGAGAGUUACAAACUGCAAUUAUGGAUAUUAAACUGUUCUUACGCAGCAGGAUCGCUGUGUUUCUUAACUUAUUAAGAAUUCAUCACUUUGUUUUUGUAUGUAUCAUUUGUAACGCUUUCUAAAUUGAUGAUGAAUUUCAUUUUUUAUGAUAUUUCAUCGAUAAUUCCAUGGUACUGUAUUGACUAAAUGCACAUUUUUCGUGCAUAUAUUCUGUCAUUCAAAAGGGAGGAAAAGGGAAAGGGUUAAAUAUGUAUUGAGGACACAUUACAACCUUUAAGUAAACAUGCAUUGUUGUCAAGUUUGAAGACGUCUGAGAAAGUAGGGAUGGAAACUAAAGGGGGACUAAAGAGGACGCUGAAAUGAGGUGGAGAGAGUAUGGGAGUUUAGGGUUAAGUACGGGUAAUCAUUUUCCUCCCACAAACAUAGUUUGUUCAUCUUAAUAAUGUUAUUUCUUAUUUGUUCGUUUAAUUAUUGUUAGACAUCUUUGAUGGCUACUAGUUUUCAUCUAAACCACCGUUAUUUUUGUCUUUUCAUAUGCCCUGCUUACAUUUAAUUUUAAAAUUGGUACAUCGUACAUCUUGUGAUAUUAACCAUGCCUGUAAUUUAAAUUCAUUUUCAAUUUCAUUAUUUACUAAAUAUCAAAUUCUCUGCAUUUCAUGUUAUGACGCUUCUGUUCGAAGUACAUAUACAAAUUUUCAUUGCUCUUUUGCAAUUAAAUGAUUUAUUUUCAGACCAGAGUUCAGUAAUACCUUUAAACUAGUAGAGGAUGAUGCGAAAGUUUGGUAAAUAAAAACAGCGCUGUGAUUUAUGCAAUAAACAGAUCCAUAAAUCAAAUGAGAAUUGAAAAGACUAUUUUUCAAUCUCAUGCCAAGAUUCUUACCGCCAGUUCUUAAUUCAAUUUUCUGAAGAAAAAAAUCUGGAGAAAAAGAUAAUGAAAUGUUAUAAGACAUUAGAACAUUUUUGAAUUUUAUUUCCACUUGUGAAAUGAUUUAUUUUCCAGUUUUCCAGUUUUAUCAAGUACCGAUAGAUAUUUUUCAUUUUUAAUUGAAAAUUAGACAUAUAAUAAAUAUCAAGCUACUGAUUUGAUUUAAGUACUACUUUAACACGAAUAAGAAUUGUAAUUAACUAAUAGAAUCACCUUAAAAUUAUCCGUAAAUCACCUUAAACUUAUCAGCCUCUUAAAUCACGUGGAAUGUUCUUUAAAGUAAGUGCAAAGAUGUUAGAACAGAUUAGAAAUGUAGCAGAGUAUUUUAGUGAUAAGUUGCAUGAAUGUUUAAUUGUUCAAUUAGCGGAACAUUUCUUAUCUUUUAUUAUGCGCACCUGUAAAAAGAGCGUCUGGAAAAAAUUUAGGCAUGUUUGAUACGUUGCAUGUGUUGCUGGAAACACACUGAACUCAAAAUUUUCAUGAUUGAAAUCUGGAUAUUUGCCUAGUCGCAGACCCUGAAAAUUUUGAUGGAAAGUACUUCCUUUUGUCAAUAAGGUAAACAUUAAGAGUUUCAGUGAAUUCUAAGAUUGAAAAUUAAAAACACACUUACGUAGCCUAUACAACAUGUAGCAUGUGUACAACAAGUCUGUACCGUGUAAGUAACGCAGUAAAAUGUAGGACUCAUUUUAUUUAGACUACUGCUAGACCUGCGUAUUUUGGUAGUGUUUAGCCUUGAAACUAUGAGGGAGCUAAACUUUGGCUCACACUACAGACUCUAGUACUCCAAAACACUGCUGAAACGUGUACAUAAAGUGUUCAGCUUUGUACGUAUUUGAGCUACGCCAUGAGAAAACCAACAUAGUGCAUUUGCGACCAGCAUGGAUCCAGACCAGCCUGCGCAUCCGCGCAGUCUGGUCAGGAUCUAUGCUGUUCGCUUUCAAAGUCUAUUGCAAUUAGAGAAACCGUUUGCGAACAACAUGGAUUCGCAGUCUGGUCUAGAUCCGUGCUGGUCGCAAAUACACUAUGUUGUUUUUUUCAUGAUGCGGCUCAUUUCAUUGAUCCGACCAUUUGUAAUAUUUAUUUCGACAUGCAUUACUUAUUUGUAAUUUUUGUAUUAUAUGUGUAAAUGUAUGUGAUCAUCUUUUUUAGUGCCAAUUUUGAAUAAUAAUAAAGUUUUGUUAUUUACUUUA